AUGGAAGGAGCUGAUGCAGCUGCUACACGGCGAGAUCAAUUGGCGUUGGGACAAAUUCAUCAGGGUGUCCAUUACUCCAUUUUUGGGCAACUAGCUCGUGCUCAAACUGCAAAAGAAGCUUGGGACAUCUUAAAGGUGUCAAACAAAGGAGUCGACCGGUCACAGAAAUCUAAGCUGCAGACGUUGAGAAGGUUAUAUGAUCGUUGUGAGAUGGCCUCUACAGAAACCGUAGAUAUGUAUUUCUCUCGUCUUAUUGAUCUUGUAAAUAAGAUGAGGUUAUACGGAGACACAAUUGAAGAUGGUGCAGUGGUUGAAAAAGUUCUACGAACGAUGCCGAUAAAGUAUGACCAUGUGGUGGCUUCAAUAACAGAGUCACACGAUACCGAGGACUUGACAAUUGCUGAGUUAAAAGGUAUGAUAGAAAGUCAUGUUGAAAGAAUUGCGUCAAAAUUAGAACCACUAGCAGAAGAAGCUUUGAAGAGUCAAGUCACCCUUAAUAUGACUGGCUCAAAUCAAAGAGGUGGAGGAUCAGGUAGAGGUCGUGGUAGAGGAAGAGGAGGAUUUAGAGGAAGAGGACGUGGUAACUUUUAUCAAGGAAGAGGACGUGGCAACUCCAAUCAAGGAAGAGGAGGAGGUAAUGCCAUGCAAGGUAAAUUUCCAUUUAAUUGCUACAAUUGUGGCAAGUAUGGACACAAAAUUGCAGAUUGCUGGUAUAAAGAGGAAAAUCAUGAAAAUCAAGCAAAUGUUGCUGAAAAAUCUGGUGAGAGUUCUACUGAACCUGAAAGCUUAUUUUUGGCCAGUAAUAAUUUAUCUGCAGAUGAAAACAUAUGGAAAGUCAAAAAGAGCCACAAAGCAGUUGGAGAUUGUUCACUCAGAUCUGUGUUCAUUGGAAGUCCCUUCAAAUGGAGGUUGUAA